UUCAGUUUAUGCCUUGUAUGGAUAUACAUAUAUAUAUAUGUAAUAUAUAUGCGAUGAAGCACGCUAUUAGAUUCUAAUUUCUAACACACGAUAAUGAUGGCAUCUGGAAGCUUAUCAUCAAACAAAAUAAAGCUUAUUCAGCUUACGAUCAACAAUUAUCAUCGAGAAAAUGCAUACGAGUCUCAAAAACAAUUUAUAAAAAUUGUUCAUGAUUAUUCUAUCAAAACAACCCAGUUUUCUGUUGACAAAAUUGAAGAUGUUUUUCCCUUAAAUGUUUGCCACCUAAACAUCAAUUAAUAAAAUGGUCUACUGAACUAUCUCUGCGCAACAAUAUUGCCAAUGGAAUCCAUUAUAUAGAAUGUAAUCUUGGAAAGUUUAUCUAGGAAAGUGUUCAGCAUCUAAUAGCAUUUCAUAGGGUUCAAGAAAUUAAAUUAGCAGUUGAUCAAGAGCUAACAUGGUUUAACUCUUCAAAGUUAGUACCAAAAUCAAUUGGUAUUUUUCCUCCUCAAAAUUUAAUUGAAAAGUUCAAAGAUGUGCUUUUUAGAAUGCCAGCUAGUAGAGAUAUUUCAGAAUAUGGAAUGAACCCCAACACUUUAUCUGAGUUAUGCUGUACUAAAUGGCUCUCAUCAGAUCAUAUGCUGCAAUUUUCCAGUAUUUUAAAUUCUAUCCAAAGCCAUUCAAAGGUAAUUUACUUUAACUUUAUAGGAAAUAUAGAGCAUUAUGUUUCAAGAAUAACUGCAAUCCCAGAAAAAUUGAUUUUUAUUUUAAAUGUUGGAGGAAACAAUGAGAAGACAUUUUCUGGCACAGAUUUAAAUCCAGGUAGCCACUGGAUAUUCGCAGUUUAUAAUAGUACUAAGGGUAAUUUUUACUAUUGUGAUUCUAUGGGUUGGUCAGUUCCAGAUGAUUUUUUAUUUAAAGUCAAAUUAUUGAUCAGAAAACUGUAUCUUAUAAAUAAAAGCUUUGACAUCAUUUACUGUCAUGACCCAAGAACGCAUAGGAAUGGAAAUAAAAAAUGCAGUUCUUUAUGCAGAGAAAACUAUCCAAUGCAAACUUGUGGAAAUAUCUGUGGAGUAAUUACCAUAAUAAUAUGUGCAAUCUCUUGUUUACAGUAUGAUUAUUUUAACCAUAUUUUAUGUAAAGCUGAAAUAGAGAACAAUAGUUACAUUUUUCUAAAAGAGCCUACUAAAUACUCUAAAUUUUUAAGAUUAGUUUUAAUGUCAUGGCUUAUUAGCAAAGAAAUUAAUCUAGAUUUUAUUUUUCCUACAACUAUUGUACGUAGCAAUAUUAACUGCUAG